AAGAAUCGAAACCCUAGAAACCCAAUAAGAUAAAACGCCAACGCCUCUGCAAAACAAAGUUUGUUCGUCAGACAAAUAGAGACAUUGCAAAGAUGCAGAUAUUCGUGAAAACCCUAAUCGGAAAGACCAUCACUCUCGAGGUCGAGAGCAGCGAUACCAUCGACAAUGUCAAAGCCAAGAUCCAAGACAAAGAAGGUAUUCCUCCGGACCAGCAGCGAUUGAUCUUCGCUGGGAAGCAGCUUGAGGACGGUCGCACUUUGGCCGAUUACAAUAUUCAGAAAGAAUCGACGCUUCAUCUGGUGUUGAGGCUUAGGGGAGGGAUUAUAGAGCCUUCUCUGAUGGCUUUGGCUCGCAAAUACAACCAAGAUAAGAUGAUUUGCCGCAAAUGUUAUGCUCGUUUGCACCCGAGGGCUGUAAACUGCCGGAAGAAGAAGUGCGGUCAUAGCAAUCAGUUGAGGCCAAAGAAGAAGAUCAAGUAAACAACGGGCGUCUUUUUCCUAUGUCAAGACUGGUGUUUUAGUUUUUUUUUUUUUUUUUUUUUUUUUUUU